AUGGAAGAGGCACAGAAGAAGCUGCAGGCUCUAUCAGAGGAAUACCAAACCCUCCAGACAGAAUUGGAAAAUAUCAUCCUAGGACGACAGAAACUCGAAUCACAGCAGCAAGAGAAUAGGGGCGUGCAAGAGGAGUUCGCGUCUCUCGACGAUGAAUCAAACAUCUACAAGCUCGUCGGGCCGGUGCUGUUGAAGCAGGAGAAGUCAGAGGCUGUCAUGGCCGUAGAUGGGCGCUUGGAUUUCAUUGAAAAGGAGAUCAAGCGAAUAGAGACCCAGAUCCAGGAUAUAAACAAUAAGAGUGACAAAAAAAGGACCGAGAUUAUUCAAUUGCAGUCACAAAUCCAACAGCAGGCUGCAGCUGCUUCUGCUAGCGCUUAG